AUGACGGCGACGGCGGCGCCUCAGUACAGCUACGAGCCCCCGAGCGUCCCUUCCGGCCUCUACGACCUUCCUGCCGAUCCCUCCGAGGUGGACCCCAGCGCCUCGGACCCCGUCGAGGUGGCGCUGCCGGACGACCCCGGGCUGGACGCGGCAGCGCAGGACCCCCGCCCCGUGGUGGUCAGACCUGAGAUGGAAGGGAUGCCCUACGAGUUCGAGUGGGGCGUCCAGGACCAGGAGAGCGGCAACGCCUUCAGCCACGUCGAGAGCAGUGACGGCCAGACGACCCAGGGAGAGUACCGCGUCCUCCUCCCCGACGGACGAACGCAGGUGAACACCAUGGAUAGAGUGGAGGCCGUUUUGUCUAACCUUACACAUUUAGAAUUAUUAUUAUAA